GUUGGUUCUUUUUUUUUGGUUAGAAUGAAAUGUUUGUGCAAUAGUUCGUAAAUUUGGUUGAUAUACUUGAAAAUAUGGAAUUUUUGGCCAAAGGGUUACUUUCUGUGGCACGUCAACCUAGACUAAUCAAUAAUCUAACUCAAACAUUUCGUGCGCUAAGCAUUACACCUCAUUUGAUGCAGCAACAAAAACCAUCCUUGGUAAAAAAUGCCGCUUUAGCAAACAAAAAUGAUAAAGUGUCGGAAGUUGAACAAAAAGAAUGCCAAGAUGUCUUCAAUAAGGUCAAUACACAAUUAGCAGAACGUAAAGAAGGACGUUUAUUCGCUAUUGUGCAUUUGUGUGGCAAACAAUUUAAAGUCACAGCUGGCGAUAUAAUACUUGUCGAAGGUUAUUGGCCGCCAACGAUUGGAGAUGAAAUCCGUUUGGAGAAGGUGUUACUAGCAGGAGCUAAAGAUUUCACUCUAAUUGGUCGGCCGCUCCUGCCACAAGGUCUGGUCAACAUAAAGGCUACAAUUAUUGAGAAAACUUUAACCCACACAAAAACACAUUUUAAGAAGAAACGUAGGAAACAAUUUAUGCGUAUUAAUUUCCAACGUUCACCAAAUACCAUGAUACGCAUAAAUACAAUUGAAGUUGAGCGAAAGGUAGAUGAUCCAGCACAAGUUAUCAGUGAACCACGUAUAUUCUAGCUAUAUAUUACGACUAUUCUGUAUACCAAUUUACGUGCAGAAAGUGAAUGUCAAUAAAAAAGUUUGUUUUAAGACACAUA